AUGGCCAACAUCCAUCAUGGGGAUACUAUCGAGAUUCCGGCUAGUUCUUCGCCGGGACUACGUUUUCUUCAAUCCCUUCUUCCCCUCCUUGACUCCCUCAACACAAUCGAUAUUGCCAAACUGGAUGAGUUCAUCUGUCCCACAGCACGUUUCACGGUGAACGGCGUGUUAAUUGGGAAACUUGCUGAAAUUAAAACCAUGUUUCUCAUGCGUGCGCAAAAUUUGGCCUAUUUUGGACACGAGGUGGAUGUCACUUGGGACAUCCAAGCGUCCGAAGGAAGCAAAAACCACCGCACGAUCAUGUACGAAUCGACCAGUGUCUCCAUUUUCAAAGCCGACAGCGAAAAGGAGGAGAUCAGGGUUCGAGAAUUCAACAUUAUCGAACUGGAAGAACAAGAAGAAGGCUUAUGGAAAGCCGUGGAGUUGAGAACAUUCAUGGAUCCUUCCGCUGUAAGUGAGAAAGCCAGAACGGUUUCAGGAAUCUAA